UUAAAUGUCCCUGUAGAACAGUUGUUUUCAGUCAGAUAAAAUGCUUGUUAUUUCUACAAUGUUGUGAACUCCACAAUAAUUUCGCUGUUAUUGUUUAUGCCCAACUAUGUUAGUGAGGACAAUUUAAGGACAAUAGAAAAGAUAAAAAUUAUGUGCGUCAUUGCACGAUUUCGUUAAUGCAUGGUAUAAGAGUUAAUAAAUAAAACAAUGGCGUACUUUAAUCAAAAUCACGAGGCAUCUAAAGGUGCCAGAGCAAGGCAGAUUGGACAAUAUGAGGUUCCAGGGGAGAAUAAGAUUGUAACCAAGACUGGCUUAGAUAUAUUAUAUACGUCUCAGAUAGAUCGCGGUGUGACCGAAGAAGAUGCGGAAAGAAAGAUAUCGUCGCUGAAACAUUUACUGGAGAAAGAUCCAAGAGCUGCCGACUUGAAGUGGUCCCUUUUCGUGGCGGCGUCCAACACUUACCGUUAUGACAGUUGCUUAAGACCGUUUCCACCUAUGUACAUUAAAAACGAAUGCAAGGACAUUGAAGCUUUGAGAAGAGCCAUAGAGUCAGUCCCUCCUUUGCCCGUGAUAUGUAAAGAGCUUGGCGAGACUGGUGCCUACGAGAAUUACGGCGAAACAAUAGAGUUAUUGUAUUGGGUAUUACUACGAUUAAGAGAUUCGUAUAUCAAGAGCGUGCCGAAAGAAAGUUACAAUUCCAUACUGAGGAAAGUGCCAUUGGCGGUGCCGGUUGCAGCUCCAAAUCUUAUAUUUCAAGUGGCAAGCGCGAAACAAUCCGCGGCAGAAGAGAAAUGGAAAUCAAGCGCUAAAGAUCAUUCGACGUUCUAUGCGUAUCAUGGCAGCCGUUUGGAAAACUUCCAUUCCAUCGUGCAUUACGGUUUACAACAAAACAUGUGCAAAAGGUCAGAGUUUGGCAAAGGGAUAUACUUUUCGAGCGAAUUAGGAGUGAGCUUACCGUACAGUCCUGUGGGUUACGGUUGGGGCGCUAGUCUUCUUGGAAGCGAGAUAAGUUGUAUAGCUCUCUGUGAGCUUAUUAAUCAUCCUGACAUAAAGAGAGGAGAUUCAAGAGAUAACGCACAAAAUACAUUGAGUGAUUCACUUGGUGGAAGAAUACCGGACAAGUACUUCGUAGUGACAAACAGCGAUUUAGUAAGAAUACGCUAUUUGCUCGUUUAUAGUCAAGAUCUCCAUUCAACUAGUACUACUGAUAAUACGGGAUUACUGGCAUGGUUCAAGCAACACAAAUUACUGACGUUUGUGAACCAUGCAAAUGCAAAGGAGAAUAUUAGAAAUACGAAGCCUUCAAUGGUUGUCGUGCCAUCGAAAGGGAAAAGGGCGGUGCUAUGUGAAAUAAGUAACAGAGUUAACACGUUGAGGGGUGUUGAGCCCGUCGAUAGGAUUAGUCUAUUGCAAAAGAAGAAAGUUGUAGUAGGACCGAAGCAACAAGCGGCGAAGCCAGUAGCAAAUGUACCCGAGAAGCCACUAGUGCAAAUUGUAAAACCGGUUGUGAAAACGUCAUCUACCAGUGUAAAUAAUGCGCCCAACGCGGUCGAUGUACACCCUACGUCUGCUGCUGUUAGUCAGAAGAGAGAGGAGAGAGACUCAUUUUCAACGGAUCUUCUAAAGUUUGAAGACAUUGAUGAACAGGACGAGAAUAAUCCCAUUCUAGUUUCUCUCUACACCAACGACAUACAUGACUAUUUAAGGACGUUGGAGAAGAAGUUUCCCAUUAAGAAGGGAUUUCUAGCGGGCCAGGAAGUCACCCCUAAAAUGAGAUGUGUGCUGGUAGAUUGGUUGGUAGAAGUACAUCAACAGUUUCGAUUGAUGCAAGAGACGUUGUACCUUACCAUCGCAGUUAUCGAUCGCUUCUUACAACUCUACCGAAGCAUAGAUAGGAAGAAAUUGCAGCUGGUAGGUGUAACAGCUAUGUUUAUCGCUAGCAAAUAUGAAGAAAUGUAUUCGCCGGAUAUAAGUGAUUUUGUAUAUAUCACGGACAAGGCAUACUCAAAGGCAGAUAUAUUGAACAUGGAAAUGCUCAUCGUGAAAAUCUUGGACUAUUCGUUCGGGCGACCGUUACCGCUGCAUUUUCUUCGGAGAUACAGCAAAGCUGGAAAAGCGCUCCCUAUACAUCACACGAUGGCCAAGUAUUUCCUCGAGCAAAGCUUGGUUCACUAUGAAAUGUGUCAUUAUUCACCUAGUCUUAUCGCUGCAGCAGCAAUAUAUCUAGCAUUUUUAGUUAUCGGUAAUGAUGAAGAAGACGAAGGCAAGGUUAUCUGGACAGAUACUUUAACACACUACAGCACUUACUCCAAGGACGAUGUAUUACCUGCAGUACAAGAUAUAGCUGCCAUAAUAGUUAACGCAGAGGACAGUAAAUAUCAAGCUGUGAGAAAGAAGUACGUCCAUGUGAAACACAUGAAAAUUAGUAUUCGACCAGAGCUUAAAUCGCCAAUUAUGCUUUCCAUUGCAGCAAGAAGCAAUGAGUCUUAAAUUUGUAAUAGAACGGAAUAGAAUUUAUUUCUGAACUCCUCA